AUGAGUCACCGCAUGGACGAAGUGCAAGACCGAUUGCAACAGAUCUCCAUCAGUCUCGACUGGUUCAGGAGCGAGCAUUCCAAAGUCAUCCAUGAGUAUAACAAACGCUCACAGCACAGGUUCUCAAUGCGGAAAAUCUUGGAUCGUCUCACUAGUACGCUUGUCAUGGUGACAGAGGAGAACCAGUUCCUCAAAGCAGGCCCUCCCAUGAAUGCAGACAGGCCUGCAGAAUCGGAAAAGGACGAGUUUGAGUCGACGGCUGAGCCCGAAGAGCAAGUCCGGAGAGGAACCUCGACAAUCCAUCGAAAGAAAGCAAGGUCGAAUCUGAGGUCCCCAGAGGUGGAGACUUGUGCAUCGCAGUUGAAAAAUUCGCAUGAGCAGCUCGUGCACAGCCCGGGACGACGGACCGAUGACCUUCUCAAAGAGAUUUCAGCUACACGUGCUGAACUCUUGACCUUGCAGUCAAAGCUGAAGUCGGCUGAAACGCACAUCGUCAAGAUUGGCGGAAAUCUGGGAGCCCUUCUGCCUCGAGAGACAGUCAAGAAUGAGUUCAGUUCCCUCAUCGUUGCAACACAGAUUUGGGUCUCAACUUGCGUGCUGCCAUCAAUCAGCAGUGCUGAACAAUGUUUCCAGGCAUCUGAGCGUGCUCGGAAUGUGUGGGCCGGAGACACGGCACUAUGUAUCUCCAGAUGGCGGAAUCGGGACUUCUUUGUUGCGAGCGAGUUCCCUGCGGCAGACGAGAACAUAUUUCUGGUGAUGAUAUUUGACAUCCUCAUUGAUAAAGCUUUUUUCGCCAAGGUCCGGUACCUCGAGGAAGACUUACAGAGGGAGAUCGAUGUCAUCAAACAGCUGGAGAUAUCAAUGAAUCUGAACCUCGAGUCGAGCAGAAGUUUGUACAAUGCUCGCCGCUGGAUGUCAGAAGCGUUGGCAGCAAUUCUAGCCCGCGAGGAGACGCAGGCUUUUCGUGAUGACUUUUCGCAUGUCCUGACACACUUCAUAAUCCGUUCAAUAGGCCUGGCAGAAGUUUUGGGCCCAAACAAGCAGGCUGCACUAGACAUAGCGGCAAUCUCGAUCCGGCAGGACGUUGUCCUCCCUGCUAUAGAGCUCGGUGACAAGAUGCUAUGCGCCAUUGACAAAUACUCUCUGGAUGUUUCAUCUUACUGGUCGGUGCCUUGCGCCUUCCAGACUCAAUUCUUCCGAGACCUAGAGAACUUGGACUGCAAAAACCUCAGCGGGGAUCCCCCCAGGUUCAAGCUAGAGAAGAUGCAAAAGCGCCUGUCAGAUGAUGAGAUCAAAGACCAGCUGAAAGCUAUUUGCCCGGCCAUUCCUGCGCUCCUCUUGACGGAGGUUGACGACAGAACGUGGGGACCUCCCACCAUUCUGGUGAAGGAACAAGUAUGGGUCGCGUGGCAUUCAAGGAGGAAUUUGACACUACGGCCCGAAGAACGGGGGUUCUUUUGGUUCCUCUACAACCGAGAAGCCAUUCAAUAUGAGUGA